UCGUCAGUCGGUGUUGGCUGUACCUUGAACUUGUUGCAAUUGUUUGGCCAAUCGAUCGGUCUGCAUGCCUGAUUACCAUCAUCGUUGUCAUUGUAAUGACCUUUACGUAUCCUGCAAGAUCUAGAUGUUUGGGUUGUGCAUCGUAACCUAGUGAAUUCGAAGACUGCCACAAGCAGCAGGAGAGGUGCAGCUAUUUUUUACUCUGAAGUAUGUGUAAUGUACAGGCAGUUGUAUUGGUUUUUCUUUGGCUUAAAUCGAUGUUGAUAUACUUGGGAGCAUGAGAGUGCGUAAUGGGAGUGAUACAGUUCUUUGGAGAAUUCGGCCGAGUCGUAGUCGAACAUCCUGUUGGAAGCCGACUGUCUCAGGACAUCUGCCAGGCACAGCACGCUGGACCGUAAUUGCAUUGUGUGGGCCAGUCUACGUUGAGGGACAGUCUGUAUUCCCUCGAACGGACUGCACUGAUUUCCGAACUGCCAAUUUACUACCACGCCUGCGUCCCCCAUAACGACAUCCAGGGACUGUGGGAGAAAUCUGGCAGUUUUCUCUUCGUAUUGUCUUCAUUUGUGAUAUAGUGAUUUGAGCUUCUCUCAUCCUUUUUGUCUCGAUCUGUGUUGGACCUCUGACUUCCUUCCCUGCUCAGUUUAAAUUGUGUUUGCGGGAGAGAAGUGCAGACGUUUACAUUUUAUCUGUGAACAUCCUGCGAUAUUUUGUUCGUUAUUUACACGUAUCCCAUAUCUUCGUGUGGGUGAUUGUUGGAUUACGCUGCGGGUAUUAUUCCAUAUUGGGGCUGAUUGUGUUCCGGACACUCAGACGCAAGAUUUGUUGGGAUUACAUUUUCUGUGAAUACUUUGUCCAUUUGCUCAGGUGCAUGUAGUGUGACUCGUCGAUUGUUAUUCCCUGCCGAAAGUUCAUUGAAAUUACUUGGUUUGUAAAGAAAAAACAAAAAUGGCUCGCUUCCGACCUCCGGCACCAGCUGAAAUCGCAUCCAAGGGAUUCCGUUUUCUCAUAACGGAUCGACCAUCGGAUGCAACAAUGGAGACAUACCUCCAGGAGCUGAAGAAGCACGGCGUGACUGAUGUGGUGCGUGUGUGUGAGCCAUCAUAUGAGACGGUGCAGCUAAAGGAGGCCGGGAUUCAGGUGUGGGAUUGGUUCUUUCCCGAUGGAUCGUAUCCGGUUGAGGACAUUCUCAACCGUUGGUUCGAUUUGUUGAAGACGCGCUUCCGUGAAAAUCCCGACGCAUGUGUUGCUGUGCAUUGUAUUGCUGGUUUGGGAAGAGCGCCAGUUCUUGUGGCUGUUGCUUUGAUUGAACUCGGAAUGCCCAGUGAGGAUGCUGUUGAAUUGAUUCGCAAUAAGCGGCGUGGUGCCAUCAAUGCUAAGCAACUGGACUACCUGAACUCGUACCGUCCGAAGUCCCGAUUGAAGAUUAGCAAGAAUGGCAAGCAUGAUUGUUGCGUCCAGUGACUGCAUGGCUGGCUGCAAAUGUAUUCUGAUGUCACGAACGUUUUCUAUCCACACACACAACCCACACAUAUUGACCGUCUCUCUUCUGCUCUGUGGAACAAAUCCGUCUCCUCUUUUUUCUGGCUUAUAAUUUUUAGCCCUAACCGGGGGUCUGUGACUUGUAUGAGCGUUCGCAUUUUCUAAGCAACCCGGCGUUGUUUUUUUCGACGUUUUAUCUAGAAAAGUAAUUUAUAAUAAUAUUUUAACGAUUAUUCAAGCGAAGGACAUGCGAUCGUGAAUUGUCCUGUUGCUGUUUUUACUGGGUGAUAAUGCAUUAGUUGGUUAUGUUGUCUCAAUCCCCCAUUUUUGGCCCCCCACCUUGAACAACCUCCCCGCAGGAAGUUUUAAACUAUUAACUGACGUUUAUUAACAUUGCGGAUCCAGGCGUGUGCACCUUUGGCCCAUCAGAAACUUUACCAUUUCUUAUGCGCAUUCUGUCUUUUUUCGGUUAAAUUGUACUUAAGUAUUGGCAUAGCUGAUGGAAAUGGACGGAUUCUUUGUAAGUGACGGUAGAGAAAAAGGGUUUCCUUAUUCUGCUUUAAUUUAAUGGCUUUCUUUUUUGACGAGAGUUGCUAUUUCUUUGUGGCUGCCCAAUUUCCGGCGCUCUUUUCCCUUUUUCACGCGAUUUUUUUGAUGAGCCCUUGGUGUGCAUCGAUUGUUGUGAUAUUUUUGUGCUGCUGCGUUGAUUGAUGAUCGAUUUUUUAGAAGUGUAGUUUUUGGAAAUCAACUAAAAAAACGAACCCGUUUAUGUGUUUUUUUGUCGGUUAAUUAGAUGUUUUUGGCCGUGUUUUUUAUGUUGGUGAACAGUGACUGAAGACUUCGCAAAAACAGAAGAAACAAAGCAUGCCGUUUCUUUGUUCAACGUGGUUGUUUGGAUCUGCUGGUUGGUGUUUUGAAAUGUGCAAGAAAAUGGGAUUGAGCAUACAAAGCGA